CAUUUAAGUCUGUCUGAUGUUUACGUUCAAGUAAUGAAUCUGUAAAUUAAAUAAGCUUUCUUUCAUGCGACUUAUUCCAGAUAAAUAAUUAUACGUUUCUAAAACAAUAAUAAAAGUAUAAUGGAAGAAAAAACGAAUGACGCACCUAUCUUCAUCGAAGUGACCGAGAAUCUGGACAAUGAUGAUAUGCAGUUCACUUCUGCUCCUGCCAAACGGAUACAAUGUCCCGAGUGUAAUAGAUACACAGCAGAAAAUGAAGAACAACUUGUCCGUCAUAUAAGAAAAAUACACAGAGGCGAAAAUCCCUUCCAAUGUUCAAUGUGUGACUACAGCACAUCUAACAAAGUAUUAUUCGAAGAACACGUCAGAAUACAUCAGGGAAUAAAACCUUACAAAUGCUCAUUCUGCCCCCACACAAACGUCUCAAAGAAAAACCUCAAAAAACACGAACUGAUCCACCGACCAGACAACCCUCUCAAGUGCCCCAACUGUACUUACAUAGCCAAACAUCGUCGGGGCUUAGCGUGUCAUAAAAGAAAGUGUGUGACGGACAAAAACGUGUCCAAAUGUAGCAUUUGUGACAAAAUCUUCGAUGAUAAAGAAGCGUUAAGUUUGCACAAAAAGGCCCAGAAGAAAUGCGAUGAAUGUAACCAUAAGACGUGUACGAAAACUUUGUUAACCGUGCAUAAAAUAAUGGAGCAUGGUAAGCCGGAUAAACGCUUGAAAAAGGUUAAAAAUGAUACGUUCAAGUGUAGUAUUUGUGAAUGGUCGUCGAAUAGUAAGCCGAGGAUAUUGUUGCAUCUGAUUCAUCAUCCGGAUCAAUCGGUUAAUGAGGAUGUUAUCGAUAUAUCGAUAUUAAGGAAUCAUGGAAUUAUGACUUAAUUUUAUAAUGAAAUAAAAUAAUUUUAUAUAA